CAACGACAUACAAUGGCCAAGGACAAGAAACAAGAACCGGUUGAAAAGACCAAGGAUUUAGAAGUUGAAGAGAUUAGUUAUGAGACAAGACUCAAGGCUGUUAAUGCCAUAGCUCAUCCUUUGGCAUCCAAGAAACUCAACAAAAAAGUGCUCAAAGUUGUCAAGAAAGCUGUCAAGGCCAAGAACGUUAGACGUGGUGUCAAGGAAGUCGUAAAGAGUCUAAGAAAGGGCAUUAAAGGAGUUGUUGUUAUUGCAGGAGAUAUUUCACCCAUUGACGUGAUCACGCACAUCCCUGUUCUUUGCGAAGAUUCCAAUGUGCCAUACAUUUAUGUUCCAUCCAAAGAAGAUCUCGGUUCUGCUGGAUCAACAAAACGACCCACUAGUUGUGUCAUGAUUGUUCCUAAACCUGGUGCAGAUUUCAAGGAAACUUAUGAUGAAGUCAUGUCAGAAAUUUCUGAUCUCAGCAAAAAAAUGCUCUCCAGUGCGUAGAGAAUCAAUCCAUUUACUUGAAACACAACCUUACAUUUUCCGCCUUGUCAAAUGAAAUAGUCUACACUGCCAUGUU